GGGAGGGGUUGAGACAAAUAGAGAGAGAAAGCGAGAGGGCGAAGGGGCGAGAGUGGAGUAAGAUCACGGGAGCUGUAGGCAGCCGAAGCCAUGGAAGCACCUGCGAUUAUUUGGAAUGAAAAUAUGCAGAGGUUCGAGACAGAAGACAAGGCGGCCUUUCUCGAGUAUCGGCUCAUACGCCCAGCGGCCGCCGCCGAUCGCAAAGGCGAAGUUAGUGCCGAAUCGCCUUCUGUUGAGGAAGAGGGAAAGGGGGAUAGGACGGUGAUGGACAUGUUGCACACCUUCGUGCCAAGGAGCAAAAGGGGGAUGGGUCUCGCCAAACACCUCUGCGUUGCCGCCUUCUCCCAUGCCCAGAGCCGCUCCAUGCUCGUUAUACCCACCUGUUCCUACAUCUCGGAUACUUUUCUGCCACAGAAUCCUUCUUGGAGCCCACUUGUCUACAAUGAAGAGUUUAGAUCUUCGAUGUAAAAUCAUCAGUGCACCAUUUAAACUACUUUGAAGGAUGAACUAUACGAUAUAGAAUUUUGGAGAAGAAGAUAGCCCCUACGGAAUAAUGAGAAGAGUGAUUUAGUGGAACUCCAUUGUUUAUGAAGAUGAUUUAUCAGAGUAUGAACUUGGACAAGACAUUUUUAUAUUCCUAUACUAAUUUUGAAAUUG